AUGAAGCACAUACACUACUGUACCGUUUGUUGUCAGUUACAAUGUUUUCUUUUUGUCACUUUCAAGGUUAUCCUCGCGGAACACAAGAACACCGAUGAGGUUUACGCGGUGAAGGUACUGAAGAAGGACAUUGUCAUUCAGGAGGACGACAUCGAAUGCACAAUGAUUGAAAAGCGUGUGCUGGCCCUCCAACAGAAGCCACCCUUUCUCGUACAGCUGCAUUCCUGCUUCCAGACCAUGGUUAGUCCCUUCACACUCAUUUAG